UGUCACGAAGUGACGUAGAACGCCAUAGAGACAGCGGCAGUAGAUGCUGUCCCAUCACCAGUUCACACCCAACGGCUGGACCACCAUGAUAUCCAGGUUGAAAGAUCUACACUGAGCCUUCUUGACCAACAUCGGAGGACACCGGAGAACGGAAGUGGAGGACAUCACGUGCACGGGCGUCCGAUUGGAGAAGCAAACGUCUCUCCAGAAACGUGUCCAACUUGGACAAGAGAAUUGAACGCCACAAAAUGUCAUCGUCGGUCAAGGAGGCCAACUACGUGGGACCUUACCGCUUGGAGAAGACGCUGGGCAAGGGACAGACAGGUCUCGUCAAGCUGGGCAUCCACUGUGUGACAUGCCAGAAGGUUGCCAUCAAGAUAGUCAACAGAGAAAAGCUCAGUGAGUCUGUUCUUAUGAAGGUUGAACGGGAGAUUGCCAUUCUGAAGCUCAUAGAGCAUCCUCAUGUUUUAAAGCUGCACGACGUCUAUGAAAACAAGAAAUACCUGUACUUGGUGCUAGAACAUGUAUCUGGUGGGGAGCUUUUUGACUACCUGGUGAAGAAGGGCCGACUAACACCAAAAGAAGCACGCAAAUUCUUCCGACAGAUAAUCUCAGCCCUGGACUUCUGCCAUAGCCACUCCAUAUGCCACAGAGACUUGAAGCCAGAGAAUUUGUUGUUAGACGAGAAGAACAAUAUCAGGAUAGCAGACUUUGGCAUGGCGUCUCUGCAGGUCGGGGACAGUCUGCUAGAGACCAGCUGUGGAUCGCCGCACUACGCCUGCCCAGAGGUUAUCAGGGGGGAGAAGUAUGACGGCCGCAAAGCAGACGCAUGGAGCUGUGGAGUCAUCCUCUUUGCGCUUUUAGUGGGCGCUCUACCUUUUGAUGACGACAACCUGAGGAACCUUUUGGAAAAGGUGAAGCUGGGAGUUUUCCACAUGCCUCAUUUCAUCCCUCCAGACUGCCAGAACCUUCUCCGUGGAAUGAUUGAAGUGGAUGCUUCCAAGCGACUGACGUUAGAGGAGAUCCAGAAGCAUACGUGGUACCUAGCGGGAAAGAAUGAACCUGAGCCUGAGCAGCCCGUCCCCAGGAAGGUGGCCAUCAAGAAGCUCGCGGCAGCAGAAGAGAUGGACCCCGAUGUCCUGGAGAGCAUGCACUCUCUGGGCUGCUUCAGGGACAAGGACAAAUUGAGCACAGAUCUGCUGGCUGAUGAUGACAAUCAGGAAAAGAUGAUCUAUUUCCUUCUACUGGACCGCAAGGAAAGAUACCCGAGCCAUGAGGACCAGAACCUGCCAGCACGCAAUGAGAUUGACCCUCCCAGGAAGCGCGUUGACUCUCCCAUGCUGAGUCGUCACGGGAAGCGGAGACCAGAGAGGAAGUCGAUGGAGGUUCUGAGUGUUACCGAAGGAGGAUCACCUGUACCGGUGCGACGAGCCAUGGACAUGGCAACUCACGGUCAGAGGUCACGGUCUAUCAGUGGAGCGUCCUCUGGUCUGUCCAUCAGUCCCCUCAGUAGUCCCAGGCCCAACCGGCGGUUUUUCAUCCCACCCCAGUCCCCAGACCUGUGUCAGUCCCCCAAUUGUAGCCCUGCCCGCUCUCCUGAAGUUCGCCUGAACGGGUUGGGUCCCCGCACACCCAACUCUUUCCAACCCAAAAUGGGCUCCCCCCUCAUGCACCCUCGCACACAGACCCUCCCUGCCAAGCCCAAAGUGUCCGAGAAGCCUCUGCAGAGCACCAGGUCCAACCCGCUCCCCAAUACCAGCCAGACUCCUCCCAAGUCUGAGCCCUCCACGCCCAACCAGCCUAUAGCGCCCUGUAUCCCCAACAGUCCCCGUGUGAGGCGACACCCUCCUCUUACUGUGCCCCCCAAGCUCUCCAUCCCUCUGUCCCCUGUGCCCCCUAUGUCCCCCCUGCGCCGCCACCACCUCCACCCUGACCACAAUGGCAAAUCUUUCCCCAACACGCAGGUGACCCCCCAUCCUUCCCCCAGAGGGAGCCCUCUCCCCACUCCCAAAGGUACCCCGGUUCACACGCCAAAGGACAGCCCAACUGGCACGCCCAGUCCGACGCCGCCCCCCAGCCCGUCCAUCGGGGGCAUGCCCUGGAGAACACGCCUCAACUCCAUCAAGAACAGCUUCCUGGGCUCGCCUCGUUUCCAUCGUAGGAAAAUGCAAGUUCCCACGCAGGAGGACAUGUCCAGUCUCACCCCUGACUCUUCCCCAGAACUUGCAAAAAAGUCCUGGUUUGGUAACUUCAUUAACCUGGAAAAGGAGGAGCAGAUAUUCAUCGUCAUCAAAGACAAACCUCUCAGCUCCAUAAAGGCAGACAUUGUCCACGCUUUCCUCUCUAUACCGAGUCUGAGCCAUAGCGUCAUAUCCCAGACCAGCUUUCGAGCCGAGUACAAGUCCACGGCCGGUCCGACCGUUUUUCAAAAACCUGUGAAGUUCCAGGUAGACAUCACGUACUCAGAGAGCAGUGGCGCCACCAAGGAGAACGGCAUCUACUCCGUCACCUUCACACUGCUUUCAGGUCCAAGCCGACGUUUCAAGCGCGUGGUGGAGAUCAUUCAGACCCAGCUGCUGAGUUCCAGUGAACAGCCUGGCACCCAGCCACAGAUCUCUGGCAGCCCCUUGAGUAACUUCUUUGACGUAAUUAAACAGCUUUUUUCCGACGACAAGAAUGCCCAAGCGUCCCGCUCGCCCGGCGCUCCCGUCACGCCUAGCUCCCCCACCAAGCAUGCCAAGCCCAGCCAGCCCCCCGCCAAUGACUCCAAAAGCCCCGCUGGCAAAGACAAAACAAAGAUGGCCGCCAGCAACAGGACACAGGAGCGUCCUUAAGGAGCGGUAGCCGUGCAUGUCUUAGUCGAAAAAGACGACAGAGGGGAACAAGAAAAAGCUGCUUCUGUUUUUAUACUCACUUCACUUCAUUAAGUAGGAAAUGUAGCUUUGUAGGCCCCGCCUUCUCUGUCCCAGUGGGGGGUGUCCUGUCAUGUUUGAUAGCUUGACUUGUCUGUGCCACCAGGGGUCAUCCACAAAAACUAUUAAAGUACGGCGGCCGGCCUGCUCGUCACCUUCAGCAAAGUCUGCAGCAAACCUCCUCACCUCCUUACUCCGUCACGUUCACGCCACCGGCCUUAAGACAGCGACAUUUGUCAGCGUGCACACAUCUUCUACUCUCUUUGAGGUCAUCCCAAGGUCGGCUUGAAAACACGCAAAGAUGGACGUCCCAAAGAAGCGGUGGAGGAAGCAGAGACAGACAGACACGUUUGGGAUUUUAUACAGACAUGAAUGAUCUCCUUUGUUGUAUCCACUGCAUCUUGUUUCAAGAAAAGGCCCGCUCACAUCAGAAAUACGCGCAAAACCAACAUACGUACUCCUCAGACGAUUCUACAUCAUGACGCUGUGACAAAAAAAACUGCUGUUUGCAAUGUUCUAACCAUCGAGUCAUGCCCCUUUUGAAAGACGGUAGAGUAAUUAGACAAAAUAACCUAAUAUUUGGUCAUUUAAUGUACAUUACGCUACUAACAUGUCCAAAAUCUCAAUCUUGAACAACACCAAAAAGCAUUACGAUGUGCUGAAAAUAAAAAGAACACAUAUUUGAACAGAUUUUGAGGGCAUUACACUUGCAACUGUGGCUCUAUGACAGGGGUGUCCAAACUUUUUCCAGCAAGGGCCACAUACUGAAAAAUGAAAGGAUGCAAGGGCCAAUUCAAUAUUUUUAAGUUAUUAUAUUUCAAGAGAAAAACUGCAUCUCAGCUUUGUGAUAUAGUUGAAAAAGUGUAUUAGUAUCAACCUCACUCAUUACUCCUUUUUUCCCAUUUUUUCAGUUUUUUUUUUUUAUUUUUUUCUAGUACAUUUUCCUUUCAUAAAAUUAUGCCUUUAUUUCUACAAUGUUUUGACUUUAUUCUCAUAGUAUAACUUUUUUCCCCAACCCCAUUAAAAAUAUAUAUUUUUCUUUAAUAUUUCUACUUUAUGAUGCUAAAAUGACGUUAUUUUCCUCAUAAUAUUACGAUGGUAUUCUUGUAAAAUUGUAAAAAAAAAAAAAUUGUCAGAAUUCUCGUUGAAUUUUUUCUCUUAAUAUUUUGACUUUAUUCUUGUAAAAUUACAGAUGUUUCAACAUUUCAAUGUUUCAACAUUUUUGUAAUUUUUCUUUCUUUUUCUUCAUAUUUCGACUUUAUUCCCAUAAUAUGAGUUUUUCCGCAACCUAUUUUCCUUUUUUUUAAAAAUAAUAUUCCGCCUUUAUAAAAAAAAGUUCCUUUUUCCUUAAUAUUUCAACUUUAUGCUACUAAUUUUUUUUUUUUUUUUUUUUUUUUAGUUUUCUUGAUAAAUUAUAUUUUUAGAAUGUGGUGCGGGCACCCACGCUGCUGUUUAGACACCACACUGCACAAUGACAGAGCACUGAGACAUUAUCCACAUGACACAUACAUAAGUCUAUGAACUGCAGCAAUAUUACAUUGUAAUUACCUGGGGAGCAUAUAUAAGAAAAAAGCUACUUUAUCUUUAAUUAUAUCAAGUUGUAAUAUCAUGCUAUAAUCGUAAUUGUCAUAGUUGUAGCGUAAAACAUGCACAGUACAUUAAGAACAAAAUACAUAUAUAUGUUAUAUUGGGUUAUUUUGUCUAUAAAGACGCUACUCUCUUUCAAAAGGGACACAGUUGGAUGGUUAGAACAUAGUGCGCACAUCUUGUCAUUAUACUUGCUUGCUUUUUGGACGGUGAGAGUGGUAUAUAUCAUACAAAAAACCCUAUUUAUUAAGAAAUAUAAGUUGCUGAGAAAGUACAAAGCAUGGACAAAGUCAAGAAGGAAUAAUGAUGAUAACAAAGUGUCCAAAACAGCAACUGCUUUGGCUUAAGACCAGAAAACAAACUACAGUUCGGAAAUGGAGCAAUAAGGCCGUCCAGGAAAAAAAGGGAAAGUACAAGUACAUUAAGUAAUACUUAAUCAUGGAUAAUAAUCGUGGAUGCCAGUGACGCAACGUUUAAGAAUGGUGACGAUUGCCGAUUGGGUCCACCUGCCUUGCUGCCCCGUCCCAGCCACCCGAAGACGUCGGAAAAACAGGGAACAAGCAAUAACGGUAACAAAACCUACCCCUAAGAAAUGGCGAAAAAGACUUGGGUUGUGUCUCGAUUAGUACAUAUCAGUAAGUAUACUGUGUACACUGUGCACUUAGUUCCUGAGUCUGCCAAGUAUGAAAGUGUGGUACUGUCCUGUAACCAUCAGUUAUUGUACAGUUACCCCGAAAUGACAAUUACAAUAUUUACCUUCUUUUGUUCACUACAUUCCAUCGCUAAAGGGUGGUCCUCAGCCGCCAUUGUUCCAUGGUACUGACCGUGACCUGUGAACACACUUAUGCACUCAAAAGACUAGAGUAAGUAUGCAAGUGCACGAAUUGAGACACAGCCUAAGGGUACAAAAGACGAGUAAUAAAUACUCAGGUAUACGGAAGGGAACUGGGAGGACUAAGGUACAGAAUGUAUCAUCUGGAGUCUUCCUGGUCUGGACGCAGGGCUAAAAGAAUAGUGAUGAUUGACAGUUGUGUCCACCUGCCUCGUUGCUCCGCCUCAGUCACCUGACCAAGCUGCCUGAAACAGAGAACAAGAAAUGGCAAAAAACAAGAACAUCAAAAUAAGAGUUUAAGCCCAUGACACUUACUGUAUGAGUAGUAUGCUUUUAUGUAUUUAUUUCAUAGUUUAAAUCAGGGGUGUCCAAAGUACAGCCCAGGGGUGGCCUGCAGGUGUUUUUUUCUUAGCGCGCAGCAUAUUCUAAAAAUAUAUUGUAACAAGAAAACUUAAAAAAAUAAAAAUAAAAAAAACAACAGCAAAAAUUAAAAAAUUUAAAGUCAUUUAGCCAGAAUUACGUCAAAAUAUUAAGAGAAAGAAGUUGUAAUUUUGCGAAAAUAACGUAAAAACCGUAAUAUUAUGAAAAACAAACAAAACAACUAAUAAAGUUGUACAUUUUGGAAAAUAAGUUUGCGGAAAAAGUUAUGUUACAAGAAUAAAGUCCAUAUAUUCUAGGAAUAAAUUCAAAAUUAUGAAAAGAAAAUCUACAAGAAGAAAGUUGAAAUAGCUGGAAAAAAAACAACAGCAGAAAUGGAAAAAUAAUAAAGCCAAUUUGUUAACAGAAAAAAAGUCAAAAAAAUUUUUAUAAUAAACUUGUAAUAUUAUGAGGGAAAAUAUUGUCAUUUUAGUACCAUAUAGUUAAAUUAUAUAUAAAAAAAAAUAUUCUUAAUUGUAAUAUUGUGAGAAACAAACAAAACAAAAUACAGUUGUAAUUUUUCGAAAUUUAGGUUUGGGAAAAAGUUAUAAUAUUAUGGGAAUAAUGUCCAAAUUAUGAGAAGAACAUUUCCAAGAUGAAAGUUGAAAUAGUUUAUGGGGGGGGGAAGCAGAAAUGGAAAAAACAACUGUAAUUUUACGACAAUAAAGCCAAAAUAUUAAGAGAAUAAAGUCAUGUUCUAAGGAGAAAAGUCAAAUUUUUUUGCAAAUAAUAUAAUAAUAUCAGGGGAAAAAAUAAACUUAUUAUUUUUUUAAGUGUUAAUAUUUUGUGUAACAAACAAAAUAAAGUUGUAAUUUUUGGAAAAUUAGGUUGGGGAAAAAGUUGUAAUAUUAGGUUGAACAAAGUCAUAAUAUUAUGAGAAAAAAAAUUACAAAGGUUAUUUAAGAACAAAGUUGAAAUAUUUGGAAAAUACAAAAAAAGCAACAGCAAAAAUGGGGAAUAAAAAACCACAACGUUCAUAGGAUUUUUCACUUAUGUGACAGAGCUGAGAUGCAGUUGUUUCUCAAAAUAUACGGUAUAUAACUUCUUAGCAUAUCUACGUGUGUUGCUUUACAAAAUGUCAAAGUGCAUCCUUUCAUUUUUUACUGUGUGGCCCUCCGUGGAAAAGGUUUGGGCAUCUCUGGUUUAAACUUAUCUUAUCUCAGUCUUUAUCUUAUCUUAUGCAAGUUGAAGCGCAGCAGAGCAGAAUCUGAAACACUUGAACUUGGUUUUUGCAUCCCCGUAUGUUUUUUCAUCGUGGAGCGUUCAGGCGUGAAUGAAGUCUACGGGGUGAGGUCAUAAAUACAAAUAAUAACAUUUCUUGACUUUUGCAAGCACUUCCUGUGGUCCAAUGAUCAAUUCGAUGUUUUUCCUGAUGCUUAGUCAGCACUUUGCUGCGAGCAACUAAACAUCUCGUUUUUCAGCGUUUUAUUUAAGUGUAUUUAUCUUUUUAAACUCCUCUGUGUAUUUUUGUACUUGAUUGUAUUUUUUAUUUAUCCUCAUGUAUUUAUAAGAAAUGAAAUGAUUGCAGGAUGUUGUCAGUAGGAGUGGGUGGGGUUAUAUUUAUUGGAGGGAAUGACUGAGCGUGCUUUCAGAAUGUAGACGUAGCCUCGUUGAGAGGAGCAAAGCUUUUCUUGCUGAUUGUCAGCGUCUUUUCUUGAGUUUUCUCCUUUGCAUGUUCAGCGUUUGUCUUUUCUUUGCAUGUGCGAGUUGAAACAACGACUUUGUUAUGUUGUUCAUGUGCAUUUCUUCGCUUUAUUUCCACGUUUCCGCCGUCUUGGCCUCUAGCCUUCUUUUUGCUGACUGUGCAUACCAUGACCGUGCGAUUCUGCGCAUUUGUCCACCCAAGUGGGACCUCGCUGGCGACCAGGUCCCACCUCAGCAAAUCAGAGAGGAAAUAAAAGCAAUAUCUUUCA